UUAGUGAAAAAGGAACAUUAAUUUGCACGUGCCAUGUCGUCUAUGACAUUUGGCCAGAAGAAAUUUAUUCCUACAGCGCCCGACAAAGGUAGUUUUCCGUUGGACCAUGAAAAUGCAUGCAAACGGCAAAUGCUAAAAUAUAUGGCCUGUCUGAGUGAACACACCGAUAACAACAGUAAGUGCCGUGACGAGGCAAAAUCAUAUUUACAGUGCCGAAUGGAAAAUAAUUUAAUGGCCCAAGAAGAGUGGACUAAAUUGGGUUUCAAAGAGUGACUACCGUUUUCAGAAAGGACAAAUUAGUUAAAUAGAUUUUAGUGUUACUUUUGUAUCGAACAUUU